AUGAUCACUGUGUCCCAGGCGUCCUCCAACCGUCACAUCUCCCACAAGGCCUUCUCUGCUCACAAACAACAGGGCCAGCAGGACACCUUCCCUGCUUUGGUCCAGAGUCACCCUCCAGAAGCCCCAGGUGGCAGUUCUGCUGACCCUGCUCCUCGCUUCUCCAAGAAUCGAGAAUUGUCUCAUUUCAUGAUCACUGUGUCCCAGGCGUCCUCCAACCGUCACAUCUCCCACAAGGCCUUCUCUGCUCACAAACAACAGGGCCAGCAGGACACCUUCCCUGGUUGGUUCACUCACCAGUUGUGUCAGGAAGUUGUCUUCCACACAUGCAGGAACCUGCAGUCAUCAGAUGGGAGUCACUGGCUCAGCAUGCGGGAAGCGUUGGAUGGUCUCAAGCAGAAGGGACACGAAAUAGUCAUUGUUGCACCUGAAAUAAACAUGCACAUAAAGCCAACGAAGAAUUUUGUGAUGAAAACGUACCCAGUCCCUUUCACACAGGAAGAGCUGGAUCACGUUUUCUGGAGAACUACCCAGGAACUAUUUGAUGAAGGAUCUUUUCUGGAAAGAAUUGUUAAAAGAUAUGAAGGAAUGAAAAAUGCUUCUACCAUGUUCCUGUCAACCUGCACACACUUAUUGUACAACAAAGAGCUGCUCAAGUAUCUCGAGGAGAGCAAGUUUGACGCUGUCUUCACAGAUCCACUACUACCCUGUGGGCAGAUACUGGCCGAGCAUCUUUCACUCCCUUCCGUGUUUUUUUUGCAGCAAAUGCCAUGUGGUUUGGAUGCUGAAGCCACUCAGUGUCCCAAUCCCCCUUCUUACGUCCCCAGGUUAUUCACGGAGUUGACAGACCACAUGAACUUCCUCCAGCGGGUGAAGAACCUAAUCUUUGAAUUCCCCAAUUUUUUUCUCUGUGAUUUUGUCUUUCAACCCUACGCACAACUGGCUUCUGAGUUCCUCCAGCGGGACGUGACUGUGACAGGUCUCUUGAGCCAGGCUGCCAUUUGGCUCGUGAAGCUCGACUUUGUUUUACACUAUCCGAGACCAUUGAUGCCCAACAUGAUUAUGGUUAGUGGAGUAAACUGUGCUCACAAGAA